AUGGUUAACCGCGGAGGGAGAAGCAAAGCUUGUAGAACCUGCAAGCGAAGACGCGUCAAAUGCGAUAAUGGCAAGCCACUUUGCCAAAGAUGCGAAAAGGCUGGUUUGAAUUGCGAGGGAUAUGUCACAUAUGAAGAAUUCGUUGAUGAAACAAAACGAUUUGCUACAGACAAGCCUGAGACGAAGCCCAAGGAGCUCCAAUUGCAGCUAACCCACAAGCAGCAACACGUUUCUCGACCGUUCCGUCCACUCAUCAACGAGAAUGACUUGAUUCACGCUCAUCUCCUCUCCAAAAUCGAUGGAGUCCUACCACUGAUGACCAACCUCGAAUCGCUCCCCUCUUCCACUUCAACGCGUUCUCUUUCUAUACGGGCACUGGCAGCGGUGUACUUUGGUAAAACUAAUUCUGAUAAACGCAUUUUUGACUUGGGAACUAGGGAGUACGUGAAGGCUUUGAAGAAAGUGCACACGGAUCUGUCGAGUUCAACAACUGUCCUAGAGUGGGACACGUUGGUCAAAUUGAGAGGUCCAUGGAGGCAUCAAACACCUCUCGACAGAGAGCUUCUACGACAGUGUCGCUUCGAGAUUACCAUCCCAUGGCCAGCAGAUGUGCCAAAGACUUCUAGCGACACUAUCCACGACAUAUUCGCCCGUGUUCCAGGUCAACUUCACGAUAUGGAUCUCGUGUGGAAAGGUGAAGCUGAUGACGACUUUGUCGACAGUUUGCGUCAGCGUGUUGAGGCGACUCUCUCGGAUCUUGAAGACUGGGGGCUACUCUACAAUCAUCCCCGUCCUCUGUCAGGUCCGGUAACAAACAAUGAUGAGUUUCAACACACCGUCAAAGAUAUAGCACUACUUGCGCUACAAAGGGCUAUCAUUCUCUGCAUGUCAGACCUCUGCACACGUCUCAGAAUCCCCCUGGUAGCUGAGAUACCGGUCGCUUUUGAGAAUCAGCAAACGAUCAGGACGGCUAUUGCAAUUGAGAUAUGUCAACUGGCAAUUUCAUGUCUUAGCGAAGGGUCUACAAGGACAGAGCCGCUCCUGUUCAUAUUUCCCUUGCAGAUUGCAAGCAUGAAUCUGCCAGCGGGAAGCGCAGAGGAGAAAAUGGCCGAAGAGGUUAUGAAUGAUGUUAUUGCUGGGACACAUGGGUUUGAGAUUGGACGAAGGCGAGAAUUGAGGCCGUCGAGGCUAGAUUGCUCUUGA